GACGGCGCUGACAUCGCAGUGUUUGGUAUCAUAAAUGUAUGCGUGCUCGUGCGUGUGAGUCACGAUUCGCGGGUGAUCACGACGCACGGGCGCACACACAAAUCUGGAUCGUCGUGAAACGCGGGUUCACGACGGUUAUCGUCGAUGUUUCGCAGUCCGAAGACGAUCUCGCGCUCGCUCGGAGAAAGAAACAGAGAAAAAAAGAGUGAGAGGAAAAGAAUAAAAGUGAAAGUGCAUAGAUAACAAAUACGCGAUCUCUUUACGCAUUGUAGACGAUAAUACACGUGUACAUAUUUGUAUGUAUGUAUGUGUGUGUGUAUAUUUAUGCGCGUAUCGGUCUCAUUAUCACUCGAAUGAUACGUAGAUGAAUUUUGCUCGGCUCGUUGGGACGCGCCCGAUCCGUUCGAGGCACGCUGCGAUCUGACAGAGGUCGUCAUGCGAUCAUGAACACCGAGAGUGGCAAUAACGACAGCGGCGUCAGCGGCAGCGUCAGUGACGAACCGGGCGACAGCGGCAAACCCGUCCUGCUGAGGCACGGCAAUGUCAUUCACAAGUUCCGCGGCGGCAAGCAAGACGCGAACUGCGUGCGUAAAAUGAGCGCGAUGCCGGAGGAGGAGGACAUCAUGUCCGACGACACGGAGCCGAUCAGGAUCGGCGGUCAUCGGAAAUAUUCCGAGAACGGCUCCGCCGAGUGGUCCUCGGAGGAGAGAGGUCAUUUACUGAAUUCCGCCGUACGUAGGGUCAUUGUCGCGCCUACGGUGGGAACGAACAACGUCGUGAGAAAAACGAUCGCGAGUCGCGAUGACAGUCCUGAGAGCGUGGUUCGGAACAGCGGUCAUCGGUGGCCGCGAUCUCGGCCACUGUUGAUCGACCAGGCCGAGUCCGGAUCGAGCUCGGGUCGUGACAACGGAAUCCCGCAGAGUCCCGGUGGACUGAGCCUCAGGAGCAUCGAUCAGCCGUACCUGAUACGACAUCAUCAUUGUCUUAACGCGCGUUCGCCGAGGAUCUCCAACGCCGUCAUGGACGAGAGCCCGCAGCGCUGUUCCUGCUGUCACCAUUCGUCGCCCACCUGGUCCUCCAACCUGUACACCGAGUUCAACGGGAAUCAUCAAGUUCCCCGCUCGUUUCCCGACACAAUCUCGAUCAAGUCCCUGGCGUCGAUCGGCCUGGGCUCUUCCGACGGCCGGAAGCUGACAAUACGUAGAGUUCCCACUUCGCCGUCGGAGCUGCUUAACGUGGUACAUCCGCCGCCUUUCGAGGACGAUCUUUCCACGUGUGCCAGCUUUGACGAUGGAGAUGCGGACGAUUCUGGUGAUUAUCGGCAACCCAGAAGGCCCCAUUGGGCGAAUAAAAUGCAAUUUGUGUUGGCCUGCAUAGGCUACUCCGUCGGUCUCGGUAACCUCUGGAGAUUUCCUUAUCUAUGCUACAAAAGUGGCGGCGGUGUGUUCCUCGUGCCUUACUUUUUAAUACUCGUAGUAUGCGGAGUACCACUACUGUACAUGGAACUCAGCAUCGGACAGUUCACUCGUCGCGGCCCAAUCGGCGCUCUGGGUCAAGUGUGUCCGUUAUUGAAAGGAGCUGGUUUGUCGUCAGUCGUGAUAUCAUUUCUGAUAUCAACCUACCAUAAUGUGAUAAUAGCCUACGCAAUUUACUAUUUCUUUGCGGCAUUCCGAGCGGAUCAGCCGUGGUCGCGUUGUGACAACUCGUGGAAUUCGCCACGCUGUUGGUUGCCCAGUUACGGACCCAUCGAUAAUCGAACUCGACCAAAUUUGACAAGGACACCGUCCGAGGAUUUCUUCGACAAGAAAGUCCUGCAAAUUAGUAGCGGCAUCGAAGAACCAGGGAUCUUGAGAUGGGAACUUGCGGCGUGCUUGAUAACCGCGUGGAUCAUGGUAUAUUUUUCCAUUUGGAAAUCCAUCAAGUCGUCAGCGCGCGUAAGGUAUCUCACAGCAACGUUACCUUUCCUCCUGAUCAUCGUCUUCCUCACGCGUUCCCUCACCCUGGAGGGAGCCGCGAAAGGUCUGCGAUUCUUUUUUCAUCCACGCUGGGAAUUGCUCGGCGAUGCCAAGGUCUGGAUAAAUGCUGCAGCACAAGUCUUCAAUUCUGUAGGUAUUGCUUUCGGAUCGAUGAUAUGUUUCGCGAGUUACAACAGAUUUCACAACACGGUCUUGGUAGAUACCAUCGCUGUUUCGCUGAUAAACGCCUUGAGCAGUCUAGUAGUUGGGAUAUUCUCUUUCGCCACGAUCGGCAAUAUAGCGCUGGAGCAAAACAUGUCCGUCGAAGAUGUCCUGACUGACGGACCUGGUCUAGUCUUCGUCAUCUAUCCGCAAGCGCUAGGCAAGAUGCCAGCUUCUCAAUUCUGGGCUGUACUAUUUUUCUUCAUGCUGGUCUGCCUUUCGUUGAACAGUCAAUUUGCCGUUGUUGAAGUGGUCGUUACGUCGAUCCAAGAUGGUUUCCCAAAGUGGGUGAAGCGUCAUCUUCUCUGUCACGAAGUGUUGGUUCUUCUCAUAUGCGUCGUCUCGUUCUUAUUCGGAUUGCCGAAUGUCACACAGGGUGGUAUUUAUUUCUUCCAACUGAUAGAUCAUUACGCCGCGUCGAUAUCCAUUAUGUUUUUGGCGUUCUUCGAGGUAAUCGCUAUCUCUUGGCUUUACGGCGUGCGGCGACUGUGCAAUAACGUUAAAGAAAUGACCGGACACAUGCCCUCGAUGUACUUUCGGUUCUGUUGGUUCUUCGCUGCACCUCUACUCAUAAUGGCUGUAUGGGUAUUCAGCUUAAUUGAUUACGAGCCACCGACCUACCACAACGGUGACUACACGUAUCCAUGGUGGGCAGAGGCGAUCGGAUGGGGCAUCGCGUCUCUCUCCUUAAUUUGCAUUCCCGCUUUUGCCGUUUACGUAUUUGUCCGAGCGGAUGGUGUCACGUUCGCCGAGAGACUCAAGAAUUCCAUUAAGCCGCAUUUCGAAGCGUGCAAAGUUUGCGGUCAGGAAUACUGCAUGGAGCCUAUGCACAAUCUGGAGGAGGACAUUCUCAAGGAACCUCAAACAGACAUGAAUACUUCCAUACAAUUAAAUUCACAUUAUCUACUAAAGCCUCAGAUGUGAUAACGUAAUGCAUAAGAGCAAUUAAAUUUUCAUAAUUACAAUUAACUCGUGUCCACAAGUCAAAAUUGUUCUGAGGAAUAAUUAUUUAACAUCGUUUUAUUUUCAAAUAUCGUUUUAUUCUUAUCAUAAAUUAUUUUUAUCACGAAUCAUUACACCAGUUGCGCGGCAAUUAACAUUCCACUAUUUAUACUCGUUACAAAGGAUAGCAAUUACUUGCAAAAGAGUCAUUAAGAUAGAAUUAUAUGCUAACGUGUGUUAUUACACUUAUUGUAUAAACUAUUGUUCUUUGCGCCAUUGCCAUGUGAUAGAGAUUAUAGACCAGCACUGAUUCAAAGUAGGAUCCUAUUCCUGUAUAUAUCGCAAUCGAUACGUGUAUAACAUUGUUAAUCAUAUAAUUUUAAUAAAUUAUGUAUUGUCCAAGAA